AUGGAGAGGAGGGAUUCAAAGGAGAUUUCCGGACUGAACUGGACUAGAGCUGACUACAAGCACAUACUUGUGGAUCAGCAGAGAACAUCCACCCUCCAAAUCUUUGAAUUGAUCCUGUAUUUCCCUGAAAAUGUGCCGCACACUCAAGGUGUAGAGCGGCGAGUAAUAACCAGCCUGUUCGCUAACAAAUGCCUCAUACUUGCAGUCCGCCAGCUUCGGCCUAUGCACACAAAAGUUGGUUUUUCACUGCACCCUGUCAAGUCCGGGCGAGAUAAACAAACGAAAUCCUCCCUCGAAAGUCCCCCGCGGUUCUGUCGCCUACACAUUUUUAGAUUAUUGUCAGAAAAAGAAACUUAA